UAUGUUUUUUUACGUUUUACUAAAACUAUGAUGCUUGUUCCUUUAUGCGGAGUCUUAAAACUAAAACGUCCGAUCUAUCGUUUGGACGUCGCGGCAAGUUGAUCCUCCACGGAUUAUGUAAACUCCAUAAAAGCGUCUGCUGAAUGCCCUCGUCAACACGCAUGCGUGAACGUGAUUCUGCCCUUCCAUUUGCAAGCACCCGAUGAUGUCCACGAUCUAUACCAUCAUUUCCUUUCCCUCUGCGAGCACCUGAGAGUGCAUGGUGGUGCGUGGCGGUGUGUUGGCGCGGCACGAGGCUCGCGAUUACGACGAGAUUCCGCGAGAGAGUCCUUCCGCUCAGCUUGGUCUUAUCGAAAAACGAAACUCAGAGUCAUCGAUUCUCGACUCGACGAUUAAAAUACGGUUCAAUCACGACAAUACAUACGAUGUUCGCUCGUAACGCUUGAGACGAUAACGAACGGGCAAAACGAAUGUACUUUCCCGAUACGCUGUGCGGAGUACGAUUCCUGCGUGAACUCGACGACAGGCACUGGUCGCUAGAGGAACAACACUCACAUUAUCCUCGUCGACCGGUCUGACUGAUUUUUGAGAUCCAGUCACCGAAAACUUCCAUCAUUCCGUCAAUAACCGUGUGCCGACCCGCAGGGUGGCGAUUGUCCGAUAAGGGUUCUGUCUGCGAUAGGCUGGUGGGCCAGUCUGUCAGUGGGUGCUUGAAUAACUGCGGCAACUGGAAGUUGGCCCUGAACGCAGAGCCCCCGUGGCUUUGCUAGCACCCCCACAGUGAUCUUGUCCUAAUUCGCUUCCCAACGACUCACCUGAUUAGCAGUGACAGCUGCCUCUUUGCUGCCUAGCACCUACAGAGUAUUGAUUAAUUCAUCAACAUGAAAGUAACAAAUCUUGAUGAACGCAUCCAUGUUUUGGAUAGCGAGUGCGAUGUUAUGACCGUUAUCAAAAAUAUCGCAUGGAGCGGUUUACAAGAAGAGGCUUUUUACGUUUUAGACAUUGGAGAUAUCGUACGAAAACAUCAAAUUUGGAAAGAAAAAUUGCCACGAGUUGACCCCUAUUAUGCCGUGAAGUGUAAUGAUAAUUUGUUGGUGAUUGAAGUAUUAGCAGCUCUCGGUACCGGUUUUGAUUGCGCAUCUAAAAGCGAGAUAAACAAAGUUCUAAGUGUUGGUGUUGAUCCCUCGAAAAUUAUUUUUGCUAAUCCGACUAAACCAGCUUCGCAUAUUCGUCAUUCAGCUGAAGUAGGAGUGGAUACCAUGACAGUUGAUAAUGAGAGCGAGUUGCAUAAAAUCAAAAAACUCUUCCCGUCUGCCAAGAUUGUUUUACGUAUUCGUUGCGACGCAGUAGAAGCUGUGUGUCCUCUUGGUAUGAAAUUCGGUUGUGAUCCGGUACAUGAGGCACCCAAUCUUUUGCGUCUCGCGUACAUGUUGGAUCUCAAUGUAGUAGGAUUCAGUUUUCACGUCGGUUCUGGAUGUAAAGAUCCACCCGUGUAUCGUCGCGCUAUUCGUCAUUGCAAGAUUCUGUUUGAUUUGGCUACCACUCUCGGUUUUAAACCGUAUCUGUUAGACCUCGGUGGCGGUUAUCCAGGAAACAAAGAUACGAGCAUUGAUGAAAUUGCUGAGAUCAUUAACAAGGCUCUCGACGACUAUUUCGACACUGAUGCUGUUCACGUUAUCGCCGAGCCAGGCCGUUUUUAUGUCGCGUCUGCAUUUACAUUGGCCACGGGUAUUCACAGUAAACGUUCCGUACGCGGCGAUGAAAAUUCUCCAACCAUCAUUACGCACAACAUGUAUUACAUAAAUGACGGCGUUUACGGAUCAUUCAAUUGUUUGUUGUAUGAUCAUCAGCACGUAACUCCGAUUCCUCUCAAGAGUGGUUGUGGAAAAUUGAUUCCUUCGAGCGUAUGGGGUCCCACAUGCGACGGAUUGGAUCAAGUUGUCGAAAAUGUGAUGUUGCAUGAUAUGGAACUUGGCGAGUGGAUCAUUUUCGAGAACAUGGGCGCAUACACAUUACCUGUUGCGUCGCCAUUCAAUGGAUUUCCCAUUCCUAAGGUUCACGUUGUUGCUGACGAAGAGAUUUGGCUUUUACUCAAGGACGCUUUGCCUUUGACCGAAGAUCACUUUGUUAUUGGUAAUACACCAGGUAAUUUGCGACUCGGUCUGGAUAUCGGAGGGAACGAUAUCAACUCAUGGAGAGAUACUGAUUCAACUAUUAAAUUACCUUCUUCUGAAAUAAUAACAGAUUCUCCUAACACACCGCCACAUUUCAUUUACGAUUUUAUCGAGGCUCCGCUAAGUUAAUCUUGCUAUAUAUUUUGCGAGCGUAGCGAGGUACAUAUAAUAAUAAGUAUAUAAUAAUAGAUUUUACAACAGAGGCACAAGUUCUAUCUAUGUAGUUUUAUCUCUGCUUUCUCUCAGUUUUUUUCAAACUAGAAAUUUUAUCAAAUUUUAUACAAAUGAGAGGAAAUGCAUCUACACUUAUUGGUAAUAACCACAGCUCUUUUGGCUUGGCACAAUGUAGUACACUACAUAAAAUUACUUUUUUUUGCACAUAUUUUAUUAAUAUUACUUAAUAUUAAUAUUUAUCUCGGAAACAAUAGGAACUACAAAUUGAAAAAAAAAAGAGUAGAGCGUUAAAAGUCUGAUAUUACUCUGAUAAACAGUACUGUUCAUGAUCAUCGAUAUUCCUCUCAUCAAAUAAUACGCAGAAAUAUUACUGCGAGUAUUUAACCAUAUAUGUCCCCAUACGCGUAUCGUAUGUGUAUAAUAGAGCAUCUUGUAGUUUCAACUCCUUAAACGGAUACAAAAAUCUUCAAUUUCAAGAAAAACGUUUUUUCGUUUGAAUAGUGUUCGAAAUCUCGCAAGUUGUCGCUUUGUAGUUUUUAUGCAUUUAAUACAUAUGAGCUAUAAUUUGCUCGUUUACAGAUUAUACACAUAUAGAGCAAAAACAAAAUAUAAUUUAAAGCGGAAAGAUUGAUACUUUUUUUUUUCGAAUUCUGUUUCUAUUAAAAACUGAGAGACUAUAUGUGUGUAAGAGCAAUUUAAACAUAUUAUGAUUUAAUUGUGUGAUGUGAUUUUGAGUAUGCUAGAUAAAAAAGUUUUUUUUUGGGAUUUGGGAUUCACUCUGGGCAAGUUAAAAAGAUGGUUUUUUUUUCUUAAAUCUUUUAAUUAAAAUUAAAGUAUAGUUUUUACAGCAUUAAAAUAAAACA